ACAAAAUUUUAAGAGGCAAGUGUUUUUACUUUGUUUUGGGUUUUUUUGUUUGUUUCUGACAAGAGUAUUAAGUGAGUGAAAAUACAUAAACAAGAUUUAGACAAUCUCUUAUCCCCUCCCCAAUCCUCCCUCCCUUUUCAUCUGCUCCCGUUCCAUCCUGACCCUCUGUCACCCAGGCUAGAGUGCAGUGGUGUGAUCCUGGCCCGCUGCAACCCCUGCCUCCUAGGCUCAAGCAAUCCUCCUGCCUCAGCCUCCCAAGUAGGUGGGACUACCCAGGUGCACACCACCACACCUGAGUGAGUUUUGUAUUUUUCGCAGAGACAGGGUUUCUCCAUGUGGCCCAGGCUGGUCUCAAACUCCUUGACUCAAGUGAUCCUCCCUCCUCAGCCUCCCAAACUGCUGGGAUUACAGAUGUGAGCUACCAUGCCUUGCUGAUUUAAAAAGAUCAUUUGCUUAUAAACAAAUGUUUAUUCAAGUCUGUGGAGUUUGGGGGUUCUUUCCCACCUACCGGUAGGAAAAUGUAAAGAAAGUAAGUAACAUCUGGUAUUGAGGGUGUCAGCCCAGAUACUCUACUCAAAGGCUAAGAAGUACAGUUGGUUUCUCCCAGUUGUGAUGUUUAUAUUUUUGUGUAAUCUCCUUCCUUGAGUUUUGUCAGAAUCCAUGAUUUUCUUUCUAACCAAUAGCCAUAUGGCAAAGGUGAUUGGUUGUCAUUCCCAUGAUUACAUUAUGUUACAUGGCAAAGGUAUGACUCCUGUGGCUCACACUUACUUUCCUGCUGGCCUUGAAGAAGUAAGCUGCCAUGUUGUGAACUCUUAUGAAGAGAGCCAUGUGACAGGGAGCUGCGGGUAGCCUCCAAGAGCAGAGGCUGGCCUCUGACUGACAAACAGCAAAAAAAAAAAAAAAAAAAAAAUUGAAGCUCACAGUCCCAAAGCCACAAAAAAAAAAGAAAUCUGCCUUCAACCUGAGUAAGCUUUAGAAGUGCGUUCUUGUUUUUUCAAGCCUACAAAUGAAAAUGCAACCCUGCUGACGCCUUGAUUGAAGCCAAAUGAGAUCCUGAAGCAGAAAACGCAGCUAAGCUGGGUUCUUGGAAGAUGCUUGUUUGCUACUGAUGGGUGUGAGCAAGUUAGACAUUCUAUACCGGAGACUUCUCCUAACAAAACUUUUUAUCAGAGGAUGGGGAAGGCCAGAAGAUCUCAAAAGACUCUUUGAAUUCAGAAAGAUGAUUGGAAAUCGAGAGAGAUGCCAGAAUCUGGUUUCAAGCGAUUAUCCAGUACACAUUGAUAAGAUUGAAGAGCAAUCAGAUUGUAAGAUCCUAGAUGGACACUUUGUUUCCCCCAUGGCUCACUAUGUGCCUGAUAUCAUGCCAAUUGAAUCUAUUAUUGCAAGGUUCCAAUUUAUUGUGCCUAAAGAAUGGAACAGCAAAUAUAGACCUGUAUGCAUUCAUCUUGCUGGAACAGGAGAUCAUCAUUACUGGAGGCGACGAACACUAAUGGCCCGUCCUAUGAUUAAAGAAGCCCGAAUGGCUUCUUUAUUGUUAGAAAACCCUUAUUAUGGCUGCAGGAAACCCAAGGACCAAGUAAGGUCCAGCUUAAAAAAUGUGUCUGACCUUUUUGUGAUGGGAGGAGCUCUUGUUUUAGAAUCUGCAGCCCUGUUGCACUGGCUAGAGAGGGAAGGUUAUGGCCCUUUAGGAAUGACUGGAAUAUCCAUGGGAGGACACAUGGCUUCCUUAGCGGUAUCCAACUGGCCUAAGCCCAUGCCAUUGAUUCCAUGCCUGUCUUGGUCCACAGCAUCUGGGGUCUUCACUACGGGUGUGUUGAGUAAAUCAAUUAAUUGGAGGGAGCUGGAAAAGCAGUAUUAUACCCAGACAGUUUAUGAAGAAGAAAUUAUUCACAUGCUUGAAUACUGCGGAAGAUGGAAUUUCACAAUGUUGCUCAGGCUUGUCUCAAACUCCUGGGCUAAAGCAAUCUGCCUGCCUCAGCCUCCCAGAAUGCUGGGAUUACAGACAGAUUCUUUCAAAAUGGGACAAGAGUUUGUGAAACGCUUCACUAGCAGUGCAGACAAGCUAACUAACCUUAAUCUGGUUUCCAGAACUAUAAAUUUAGAUAUAACAGACCAAGUUGUAUCCCAAAAACCUGUUGACUGCCAUAAUUCUAGUAAAACAUCUGUUAGUGCCACAUCAGAAGGACUCUUACUGCAAGAUACCUCUAAGAUUGAGUGCUUCAAUCAAACACUUUCAACCAACAAAAGUAGUUAUACAAGUUGCAACCCUCAGUCAUACCACCUUCUUAGUAAAGAACAAAGAAGAAACAGUCUUCGGAAAGAAUCUUUAAUAUUUAUGAAAGGAGUCAUGGAUGAAUGUACUCAUGUUGCAAAUUUCUCAGUUCCAGUUGACCCAAGCCUCAUUAUAGUGGUUCAAGCCAAAGAAGAUGCCUAUAUUCCACGAACAGGAGUUCGAAGUUUACAAGAAAUUUGGCCUGGUUGUGAAAUUCGAUACCUAGAAGGGGGUCAUAUUAGUGCUUAUCUUUUUAAACAAGGACUCUUCAGACAAGCCAUCUAUGAUGCAUUUGAACGCUUUCUCCAUAAAUACGCUAACUAAUUGGAUCAUCAUAUGUAACCAGUGUGGCCAUGAUGUUUCUUACAAAAGGAAGCUUCAUCCUAUGAUGAUGUGAAAGACAAGCAGACAGCACCAACAUAUCUGAUUCCUAUCAAUGUAGUCUGGAAUUCAUUGUUACAGAUCAGUUAACGAUAAAUUUUGAAUACAUUUGUAUCAUUUGAAGACAGUAUUUGAAGUAAAUAAUGUUAAGGUAUUUUUAUUAUUGUUUAUUAGAAUCCCAUAUAGUCAGUAGUCUGUUGUUACUAUUUAUAAAAACUAAAUUUUUAAUCAUGAAUAAUUUAAAUAAAUUUAUUCAUAGAAACCCUUCUGGUUUUUAAUAAAAUUUCUAAAUCAAACCAAGAUUUUAAUAUAUCAGCAUUUACCUUGUACCCUUAUAACAUUUCACUAUUGACUUGAUUUGAGAAACAUGUUUAUUUCUUUUUUGAAUGUAUGGUGAAUUCAUAGUCUUGUGUUCAACUUCAGCCAAUUUUCUGCUGUGGAAAUAAAUCCUUGUGAUGUAUAAAAUCAGUGUUAACUUUGAAUUCUAAAGUAUCCUGAUAGCUUCAUAGAUAAGUGCAUUUCUUUUACUUUUUUUUCUUUUCACAUGUACCUCUAUUUGAAUGUAAGUGCUUUUAAUAAUCAAAGUGAAUAGCUGGUACAGUGGCUCACACCUGUAAUCCCAACACUUUAGGAGGCCGAGGCAGGUGAAUCACCUGAGGUUGGGAGUUCGAGACCACCAGCCUGACGAAAAUGGAGAAACCCCAUCUCUACUAAAAAUACAAAAUGAGCUGGGUGUGGUGGUGCAUGCCUGUAAUCCCAGCUACUCGGGAGGAUGAAUCAGGAGAAUUGCUCGAACCCAGGAGGCAGAGGUUGUGGUUCGCCAAACUCACACCAUUGCAGUCCAGGCUGGACAACAAGAGCAAAACUCCCAUCUCAAAAAAUAAUAAUGAUCAAAGUGAAUGUUCUGCAGAUAAAAAGCAUUAGACUUUACUAGAAUUUAAAACUUUACCAAAGAUUAGGGUUUUAAAAAAAUGCCAAUAGGCUGGACGCAGUCACUCACGCCUGUAAUCCCAGCACAUUGGGAGGCCAAGGCAGGUGGAUCACAAGGUCAGGAGUUUGAGACCAUCCUGGCCAAUAUGAUGAAACCCAUCUCUAUUAGAAGUACAAAAAUUAGCCAGGUGUGGUGGCUCACACCUGUAAUGCCAGCAUUUUGAGAGGCUGAGGCAGGCGGAUCACUUGAGGUCCAGAGUUCAAGACCAGUGAGGCCAACAUGGUGAAACCUCAUCUCUACUAAAAAUACAAAAAAAUUAACCAGGCAUUGUGGUGUAUGCCUGUAAUCUCAGCUACCCAGGAGUCUGAGGCAGGAGAAUUGCUUGAACCUGGGACGUAGAGAUUGCAGUGAGCCAAGAUCGUGCCACUGCAAUCCAGCCUGGGCAAUAGAGCAAGACUCCAUCUCAAAAAAACAAAAAUUAGCCGGGCAUGGUGGCUGGGACCUAUAGUCCCAGCUACUCAGCAGCUGAGACAGGAGAAUUGCUUCAACCCAGAAGGCAGAAGUUGUGGUGAAGCCGAGAUUGUGCCACUGCACUCCAGCCUGGGAGACAGAGCAAGACUCUGUCUCAAACAAAACAAAACAAAAUGCCAAACUUAUUUUCCCCUACUAAAAAAGUUUUAAUUCACAAAAAAUGGAAACACUGGGAGACCUGUUGCAUUAACUGAUGGAUACUGUGUUUGACAUAUUUUUUUUUUUUUUUUGAGACAGGGUAUCACUCUGUUGCCCAGGCUGGAGUGCAGUGGCAUCUCAGCACACUGCAACCCCUGCCUCUCAGGUUCAAGUGGUUUUUCUGCCUCAGCCUCCUGAGUAGCUGGGAUUACAGGUGCCUGCCACCACGCCCAGCUGAUUUUUGUAUGGUAGUAGAGAUGGGAUUUCAUCAUGUUGGCCAGGCUGGUCUUAAACUCCUGACCUCAAGUGAUCCAACUGCUUCAGUUUCCCAAAGUGCUGGGAUUAUAGGCAUGAGCCACCACACCUGGACUGAAGUUUUCUUUUCAUUUUUUAAAUUAUUUUUUUAUAUGCAUACUCUUUGGAUUGCUAACCAUCUAACUGCCCAAAGACUUACCAGCUUUGGCUUUUUAAUUUCAGAAUUUAAUAGACACAUAUGCAAUUGAUUUGUCCCAUAUAAAGUUUAUUUUACAGAAAAUAAAGUUUUAUGUAACAGCUAUUAACUCUUUUUGGGGGGUGUUAAAUGGCUAGGUUUGGUGCUUGCUUUUUAUGUUAAACUUCUCUAGCUGACAACUAAAAUGUUAAUCUUAGAAAAUAGAUAAUCUUAGCUUAGUAAAGAUAUUUGAAUUAUUAUGUGCCUUUGCAGUCUUUUUUUUCUUCUUCUUCUUUCUUUUUUUUUUUUUUUAAAUAAAGAUGGGGUUUCACCAUGAUGGCCAGGCUGGUCUUGGACUCCUGACCUCAAGUGAUUCACCUACCUUGGCCUCCCAAAGUGUUGGAUUACAGGUGUGAGCCACCACACCCAGCACCUUUGCAGUCUUUUUAAAGGAGAUUUCAUUUGUCACUCUAAUGGCUCUAUCUUGAUUUUUUACAAACAUUUAAAAAUUACUAAUGUGAAGUUAUUGAGAGUAGACAAAGUAGUAACUUCUUUCAAAUUACUUUGGCACAACAAGACAACACUGUACAUCUCUUUGAGCUAUAAGCAAUUCUGCAUGUUCAGAAGAAAACCUUUAGUUUUAACUGAAAGUACAAAAUCUACUAAAGUUCUUUCACAAAAUACUCUUUAAACUUGUUAACUGAAUUACAAUUUUCUUACAUAUAUUGUGAGGUUAUAUGAUUGAAUGCUUUUUGAACAAUGGUUUUAGUAAAACCAAUACUUUAUUAUUGUUCACAUAAAUAUUUCUUACUAAGCAAUAAUGUACUAUGGCAUGUGAAUUUCUGUUGGUAAAAAAAAUGAAAUUUUGAUUUGGUUUUAAUUAACUCUUAGGCAUAACUGAUUUUUCCCAAAUAAAAUGUGAAAGAAGGUAUUUUUAAAAUUUCAUCUCUUAAUCAGAUGUUUUAAGAAUAUAUCCCUAAAACUACCUCAGUUGAUACAUUUGAAGUGCAAAAUACCUUUUCUUAGAAUUUUGUAAUAUAUUCCCCUCAAAAUGGUAGCUUAAGUGGUCUCAUAUAUAAUCUCAAAGAAGUGCAGUCUGCCAUUGUCUGCCAUUUUGAGGAUUAGGUACUACAUAAAAUGUUAGAGUCUUUCAGUUGGGCAUGCAUUCCCCAGUUUGCCACAGCCUACUGGACUUCCCUCUUGUACCAGGCAGCUUCUCUACUUUGUAGUUCCUCCUCAGCCAUGAAGACCUCUAAGUUUGAGACCCCUAAUUUAGAUCUGUAAUUAGAAGAAGCUUCUGAAUUUCAUGAUUUGUUAAUGUCAUUAUUGUUAAGUCAUUUUAGCAUGUGCGUUGUAGAUUACUUCUUUGAAUGUAUUUUUUAAUGUGGUGCUUUCUCUCAUAAAGAUAAUUGAAUUGUUAACACUAAUUGAAAUUUUAAAAAUCAUUUCCAAAUAUUUUAUAUUUCACAAUAAAAGUCUAUUUAAAAAGCUAA